CCCGUGGAGGGGAGAGAGGAGAGGGAGGAAGCGGCGGCGGUUCCUUGCACCUGUCUCGUGCGCGUCGCCGAGUGUGAAAAAGCCCUGCGCUGACACAACUCCACAAAGUACCUGCUCUCCGAUCCUGCCCGAAUGUUCACUUUCUGCUUUAACUAAAUAUGGAAGAGCUCGUUGCACGGUGGACCCUGUCAAUUCUUUCGCCUUGAGGUCGAUAACUUUCCAAUUCAGCUUUCCGCGAACGAUCUGCGACCUGUCAUCACCUCACCCAGCAAGUGUAUGUGUGCGCACUGGCACUUCUGUGUUUUUUCUGCUUCCAGAGCCCCCUCAGCAGCCACCGAAAACACCCAGAGACCACAGGCUGCAAGAUUAGAGUGAAGGAUGGGGUCAUCAGUUCCUCUGCUGGCCUCGCUCCUUGCGCUCACCACCAGUGCGUUGAGUCUCAACCCAGAUGACCCCAAUGUCUGCAGCCACUGGGAGAGCUAUGCGGUGACUGUCCAGGAAUCCUAUGCUCACCCAUUCGACCAGAUCUAUUACACUAGAUGCACAGACAUCCUCAACUGGUUUAAAUGCACAAGGCACAGGAUCAGCUAUAAGACAGCUUACCGGCGGGGAGUGAGGACCAUGUAUAGGCGCCGCUCCCAGUGUUGCCCUGGUUACUUUGAAAGCGGAGACUUGUGUGUUCCUCUGUGCACAGAGGAGUGUGUCCACGGUCGUUGCGUGUCUCCCGAUACAUGCCAGUGCGAGCCCGGAUGGGGAGGACUGGACUGCUCCAGUGCAAGCACAGCCAAUGGAACAGGCUGCGAGAGUGACUUCUGGGGACCUCACUGCAGCAAUCGGUGCCAGUGCCAAAAUGGGGCUAAGUGUAACCCCAUCACAGGUGCCUGUGUCUGCACUGAUGGGUACCAGGGAUGGCGUUGUGAGGAGCCCUGUGAGCAUGGUUAUUACGGCAAGGCGUGCCAGUUACCAUGCCAAUGUCUCAAUGGUGCCACCUGCAACCACGAGACAGGAGAGUGCAUCUGUGCACCAGGCUACACAGGGGCUUUCUGUGGGGAGCGCUGCCCCUCCGGUAGUCAUGGGCCUCAGUGUGAACAGCGCUGCCCCUGUCAGAACGGAGGAACGUGCCACCACAUCACAGGAGAUUGUUCCUGCCCUGCUGGGUGGACGGGUUCAGUGUGUGCCCAGCCCUGCCCUCUUGGCAAGUACGGCAUCAACUGCAGCAAAGACUGUUCCUGUCGUAACGGUGGAAUGUGCGACCACAUCACGGGGCAGUGCCAAUGUACAGCCGGCUUCAGUGGACGCAGAUGUCAGGAUGACUGCCCUGUGGGCACCUAUGGACCGCAAUGUAACCAGAAGUGCGAGUGUCAGAAUGGAGCCAAGUGUCACCAUAUCAAUGGAGCCUGUCUAUGUGAAACAGGGUUUAAAGGGCCUAAUUGCCAGGAGAGAUUCUGUCCCCCAGGUCUAUACGGCCUCAUUUGUGACAAGUACUGCCCCUGUAACACCACCAACACCGUCAGCUGCCACCCGCUUUCUGGUGAAUGCACCUGCUCUGCGGGAUGGACAGGGCUUUACUGUAAUGAGUCCUGUCCGCCUGGAUUCUAUGGAGAGGGUUGCAUGCUGACUUGUAGCUGUGCCAACGGAGCUGACUGUCAUCCUGUCACGGGUACCUGUACAUGUGCCCCUGGGUUCAUGAGUGAGGACUGCUCUACAGUGUGUCCACCUGGUCUGUUUGGACGUAGUUGCCUGUCCACCUGCUCUUGCCAUAAUCAUGCAUCCUGCUCUCCUGUUGAUGGCUCCUGCUUCUGCAAGGAAGGUUGGCAGGGUGUGGACUGCUCCAUCCUCUGUUCCAGUGGUGCCUGGGGUCUGGGCUGUAAUCAGACAUGCUUAUGUAGCAACAGAGCUGCAUGCGAUCCUAUAGAUGGCACUUGCACAUGUUCUCCUGGUUGGAGAGGAGAGCACUGUGACGAGCCCUGCCCUGAGGGUACGUAUGGGUUGGAGUGCCGUGAGCGCUGCGACUGCAGCCACGCCGAUGGCUGUGACCCAGUGAGCGGUUAUUGUCGCUGCUACCCUGGCUGGACAGGAAUCCACUGUGAUAAUGUGUGCCCACAAGGCUUCUGGGGACCCAACUGUUCAGUCAGCUGCUCCUGUCAGAACGGAGGAUCGUGCUCUCCCGAGGACGGCACAUGUGUGUGUGCACCUGGAUACAGAGGGACGUCCUGCAAAAGAAUCUGCUCUCCGGGGUUCUACGGGCACCGCUGCAGCCAGUCGUGUCCACAGUGUGUGCACAGCACCGGGCCAUGCCAUCAUGUCACGGGCCACUGUGAGUGCCUGUCUGGCUUUACCGGCUCGCUGUGCAACCAAGUCUGUCCAAGUGGCAGGUACGGGAGAGCUUGUGCCGAGAUCUGCCUCUGCACCAACAACGGCACCUGCAACCCCAUUGAUGGCUCCUGCCAGUGUUUUCCUGGCUGGAUAGGAGAGGACUGCUCUCAGGCCUGUCCCUCUGGGCACUGGGGCCCUGAUUGUCUCAACUCGUGUAACUGUCACAAUGGAGCCCAGUGCAGUGCCUAUGAUGGAGAGUGCAGGUGCAGCCCCGGCUGGACCGGUCUCUACUGCACACAGCGCUGUCCUUCAGGGUUCUACGGCAGGGACUGCUCCGAAGUCUGCCGCUGCCAAAACGGUGCAGACUGCGACCACAUAUCUGGCCAGUGUGCUUGCCGAACCGGCUUCAUUGGGACGAGCUGUGAGCAGAAGUGUCCCGCUGGUACAUUUGGAUAUGGUUGCCAGCAGCUAUGCGAGUGCCUGAACAAUGCUACCUGUGACUAUGUGACUGGAACAUGCUACUGUAGCCCUGGCUAUAAAGGCAUCCGCUGCGAUCAAGCAGCUCUGAUGAUGGAAGAGCUGAACCCAUACACAAAGAUCAGUCCAGCACGAGGCUCCGAGCGCCAGUCGGCAGGGGCUGUCAUGGGCAUCAUCUUUCUCCUCCUCAUCAUCAUGGCCAUGCUUAGUCUGUUUGUGUGGUACAGACAGAGGCAGAGGGACAAGGGCCAUGAGAUCCAGCCAAGUGUAUCGUACUCACAGGCCAUGCACAUUACCAACACUGACUACUCUCUGUCUGAGUGUGGCAGUACUGUCGCGAUGAGAACCAGUGCUCCUGAGAUCAGUCAGAGCCAGAACAGCAGCAGUAGCAGUGGCCAGUGCUUCUCCAACCCUAGCUACCACACCGUGGCUCAGUGUAAUGUGGUCUCAACCAUUUCCAGCAACUUGGACGGCACUCUGACCCUUAAAUCAAACACGCUGAAGAGCAGAAAUGGGUCUGAAUGGAGGGCCUACUGCAACCUCAAUGACCUGGAUGUUCAACAGGGUGAGGCACAGACACAAAGAGGCUCCAGGAAAGCUGCAGAUUACAUCAAGAGCUCCAUGUGCAGCAACAGCUCCUGCUCCCUCAAUAGUGAGAAUCCUUAUGCUACCAUUAGAGACCCACCAGGGCUGGCUUGCAAGCACACAGAGAGCAGCUAUGUGGAGAUGAAAUCCCCCUCCCACCGUGAAGUGCCCUUUGGAGGCACUGCCACCCUCCUGGGCAGUGCAAGCAGGAAUGUCUAUGAUGUUGAGCCGACAGUGAGUGUCCUGCAGGGGCCCAAUGGAAUGGCCACCGGAUUCUCCCAGAGCCCCUACGACCUUCCCCGCAGCAGCCACAUCCCCAGCCACUAUGACAUACUACCCAUGCGUCACAGCCCCACGCACACACCCCCACCGCCUCCAGAAAGCCCCAGCUCUCUGCUCUAGAAGGCACGCUGUCCUCCGGGCCUCUGACUGCGUGCCAGCAUCUGGGAAACAUCCAGCCACCUUUCAACCAACGGCCCUCCCUUUGUCUCUGUGUGUGUUCGAUUAGAUACUGACAUGCUGAGAUGGAAGGACAGCCACAGCUCUUCUGGACCCUGCUCUCUUUAGCUCCCUCACUGGUGCCCAUUCUAUUGCCCAGAGAGAGGAAAGGGGGGAGAUAGAGUGUCCCACACACCAGCGAUCAUUCACUCAUUGUAUUUUCUUAUAUAAUUGAUCACACAAACUGCUGGCUGGCCUCUUUAUGGACCUGCUGAAGUGGAACAAUAUCUUUCCAAGCACCCUGUAAGACAGUAUACAUGGAGUGGGUGGACAGUUUAUUUACCUGGAGAGAGCUCUCUUCACUCUGAUUUUUAACCCAUCAUAUAAGUUUGCAUUCAAGGACAGCCAAGCGUUUAUAAAGUCCCCGCAAAACACAAGUGAUUUUCUCCACAGGAAGGAAGGUUUAACAGCCUUCACCAUAUCUAAGCAGGCAAAGAUCUGCUAUGUAUAGUGUUUAUGAAUUUUCUCUGUGAAGCAGCUGCAUAUCACAGCACAGCUGCCACAAAGUGCUUACGAUCAUCUACUCCGAAGUGAAGAAAAGCGCGGGCAAAGGUAGCGAAACCUCUACUAAAUGUUAAUUUAAGGAAACUUUGCUGUGAGUGAGCCAAGUCUGAGGAAGCAUGGAUAAAUAGUAAAAUAUUGUAUUUGGGGUUUUUUUUUAUUCACUGUUAUCCAGUAACAAUCACAGUUAAUACUCAUGUGAUCUCUGUGUCUUACUAAAGAGCUUCUCUUAGUUUUAGUGUUAAUGAGGCCCAGUGUAUCUUGAAAUGUAUUCAGGUCAUCAGUGUUCAUGCAUUUAUUGCAUUGCUGAAAGUAACAGUAAGUCUAAAGUUUGGAUUUUUCUCCCCACACUAAUGAAGUGAUCUGAUCUUGUGUUGUUUUGUACGUGAAAGCUUCUUCUUCUUUUUUUUUCUUUCUUGCAAAUGUUUUGGUUUACAUCUUUUUUUAAAAAUAGUGGGUCAUAAGAAGAGUUUGCUUAGACUUUUUUUUUGUAUUUAUAAAUCUAAUUGGGUUUUUUUGGAUUGUUUUAUAUUAGUGAUGGUGUUCCUUUUUAAAAAACAAAAAAAAAGUCUGUGUUAUUCUAGCAUAAGAAAAAAAAAUGAGCAUGGAUACCCGCUGAUGUAGAUAACACAAUUUAUCUUCUUGUGAAAUUAUCGGUGUGAUUUUGUGAACUGUUUUUGAAGUCACUUAAAAUGUUCUCACUCUCUCUGUCAAAUUGUAAAUUGAAAAAAGGGAGAAAAAAAAGGCUUUCACAUGAGCAGUUUAAGACCCACAAAUAUCCUGUGCAGUAUUUACAAAAGGGAAUUAUAUGUUUAAAAAAAGAAAAAAGAAAGGGAAACAAAUCCAUUUCUAAAUCUAAAAUUUAUGUUUGUAUCAGGCUAAAAGAGCAUAUUUAUUUAUUUAUUUAUUUAUUUCUCGAGAUGAAUUUGCUCAUUCACUAUGUGAAUUCCAUUUCACCCUAUGUAGAAGCAAUAACAUGUUGACAAUCGAUGCACAGACAGCGUUUCAUUAGUGCUGAACAUUAUCCCAUCUUUGACCAGUGUGGUGACCAGUGGAUCAUAAACCAUGUGACUAUUUGACCUCCGAGGAAGGUUUUUCUAGCUGCUGUCAUAUCAAAGCAGGUUGUUGUUUUGGUACAAGUUUCAAAUUAAAUGCCUAUUCUGCCAUCAGAAACCCGUUUCAGUCAGGUUAAUGCCCUUAAUGAAGGGUUCUGGUCUGGUGAACAACAAAUCUUAUCAGGUGGCUUAAUGAUGAGUCUUUGGGUGAAAUUCGUGAAUAGAAACUCUGUUAAAUCCUCCGAUGUUAUAUGCUGUGCGCAGACUGAAGCAGAAAGGGGACAACUACAUGAUUUAGACCAGCGAUAGGCUUACUCGCCACCGCAGGGCGCCGGCUGACCCGUCGACUAUUUUAAAAUUCACUGUAUAAAAUUGAUUGAGUGGUCUCCACCGUUGUGGGGUGUUGCAUGAAGGCUUUUAAACUUAACAAAACUUCAGAUGCCCCUACUGAUUGCGCUAUCAGCUUGUCAGUUUUAUUCAUUUAAUCUCAUAAAUUCUACUUUUUUAUCAUUUAAACUGGCCCCUGGCCUCCUGUCAUUCUAAAGGAGCGACCUCCAGGCAAAGCAAGCUGAUUUACACCAUACGUAUACUUCAGCUCUCCACAGCAUGUAAAUUUAUCCGCUACACCACAGAGGAAAAUGUUUUAUCCUUUAUUCUACCGCAUUUAUUGUACUUUCAUUAGAGUUACUUGACAGCUAUAUAAAUGAAAUCACAGGAAUUAAACAUUUUCUUUUGAGUAAUUUCCUGAUCGACUGUGCAGACGAGUGAAAAACAGAAAAGCAGGGUUUUUUUACUGCUACUCUGGGUGAAAGUGUGGAGCCUGUUUUUCAUCUCUGACUGCGCCCAGGAUCGCUGAUGGUUGUAAUUGAUGCUCAGAAGUCUACUUCAUGAACACGAUAGGCUGAGAUGAUGACCUGUUGGAGUUAAGUAAAGAUACACAUUUUUGGAGCUGUUAAGUUUGUCUCAGUGCACGGGGUUUUUAAAUAAUUUAUGCUGUUGGAUCACCAAAUACAUUUAAUAUGACUAACCGUAUCUGUCUAUAUGAAGUUAUAGAAAUAACUCUGUGUCUCUCAAGUGUAAAAGGCCAUAGUGCUUGCUUUACUAAAAAAAAGAGUCAUAACUGUCAUAAUUACCGGAACGUGGAGAAAUUGCAGGGUGUCGGGUCACUAUUACAAAGAAUUAAGGAGCGGGUUUUUUGAGCUCCACUCAAUUGACAGCCGACAAACCCUGAGUGAUGCCCCACGGAAAGGAAAUGCAGUCACUAAGUCAAGGAACUAAUGGACCAAAUACAGCCGGGGACUUUAAAGAGAGCUAGAGUGGAAGAAAAGAAGCAUAAAAGGAAGAGGUCACACGGUAGCACGGUAAGCACUUGAGAGAUGUCGAUUUUUUUUCUUCUUCUUUUUGGCUUGCUGAAUAGCCUUUCCGAACUGAAAUACUUUAUGUGAUUUCUCAGAGGUCAGACCAUGUAGAGAGUUACAGACGGCAACAAACCUUCAUUUGACUAAAAGCUGGACAGAUACUGAAUGCUUAAAAGUUCUGUGCGUUCAGAUGCAGGUAUCAUUAUUGCUGCUGGGGAGCGUGUGCUCUCUUUCAGCUGAGUCACUGUGACAGACAAAAAGAAAAUGUUUCUAAUUUCCAGAGUCUUGUUCUGCCACCUAUAUGAAUAUUACAUCUCAGUGUAAAGCGUGCCAUCAAAUAUGCAACUAUAUUAGUGGCACAUUCGCUUCUGUCCACAUCUGUUCUCCAUUAAUCCUAAUUUAACAGUGUCAGCUGUCUCACGGGAAGUCAUUUGUUUCCCUUUAAACUACAUUUUAUACAAAGUAUUGAAAUAAUCUUCACAGUUGAACAUAUUUCUUCUCCUUUAUUACUGCUAGUCUUUCAGUGGGCAGUUAAAACUUGCAGAGAACUUUUUGGACAUUUUCACUUUGUUAACAAGAAGCACUCCAAGAGCACAAACCUCUGGCAUGGCAGCUCAUUCUCUGGGUAGUAUUUACUUUUAGGGGAAUAGUGUUGUAUUCUGUAUAUAUUCAUUUUUCUUUUCUUUGUUCUUUUCAAACUACUUUAAGAAAUUUGUUGUGCAGUAAAAAUGAGAGAAGGGCAGCCAGACAGAUAAUGUAGGCGUAGGUAAUGAUGAAUAAAUCAAACAAGGUAUUGAUUUAGGAAUAACCAGCUCGUUCUUUCUCUUGACAAUACUUUCUUUAAAGAUGUAAGAAAGGCAGAUGUGAAAUGUGAAAGUGAGGUCAGAGGUCAAAUGUGACAUGAUAUUUGGAUGCAAACUGUAAUGCCAUAUUUAAAAUCCACGUAUACCAGAAUCAUUUCUUAAAUGUUACCAGUACAAACAAAGGCGGCACAGAUUUAAUGAUGAGGUAUUUGAUGAAACUUUGAGGUUAUUUGACUAGAGUAACGAGAUAUUUGUAUAUCCCCAUAUGUAAUUCCCUGUAUACCUACAUGUUGUCAAUGCAAGAAAAAGCAGUACGAAGCAUGGGUUUAAAUAACACUGUAUAGAAUUAUUAUCACUUUGACCUGCAGUUUAAUCUAACAACUGUGAGGUCAGAGGUCAUAUAUGACAUAUUAAAAUAUUUUUACAGUAGUUUCUAUAUGUUGACACAUCUCACUUAUAAGGAUAAUUUUUUCUACGUUCUAAAGCUUUUUUUUUUUUUUUAUCAUUUUCCGACGGAUAAAUCAUUCAUUCGACCUUGAAGACCUUGGUGGAUGUAAGCCAAAUUUUAAUGAAUUGUUAACAUGACCCCACUCUACAACCCUACCACGUUUUAUCAAAAUUCAUGCAAAGCUGACAAGAUGACAUGCAAACGCUACCAAAAACUACACACGACACAAACUCGUUGCAACUGGUUAAAUGUGAGCGGUGUCAUUGGUUUGAUUCAUAUGUGUGCAUAUCUUUGGUCUGCAUCUUACAACGUUGAUAAAUCUUGAGCUGAAGAACUUCAGGGCUUUUUUCACUUUCUAAUGCAGUCCUAAGGCGUACACCUUUCUGGUGCAGUUGCCUGUCAGCUCUAUCUCUCGCAAAAGCUGUUUUUCACAGAAGCUGUCAUAGAGUGGGGAGGGAAGAAAACAUCUACAUGUUCUGAAAAGCUGCACCUGGAUGCUGACCACGCUGCUGCAGAAUAACCUGUCACUUUCACUUGAGUCUGACAUCAGCUGUUGAGAGCCAGGGAAUAGAUUUAUGUCUGCAUGAAGCAUUUGAAAAGAGCGACACACAACAACUUCUGAUAAAGUUUCUAUUUUUCCUGGUGAACUUCUGAUAGCAGGAUCAAUUGUGGUGUGAUAGCGCUCUCAUUUAAGUAUGCACCAUUUGACUGCACUCUGCUGUGGCUAAAUCCAUAGCAGAGCUCAGCUGCCGAUCUUUAUUGUGGUCACGUCCUGCUACAGGAACUGUGAUUAUCCAUCAGACCAGAGCUGGAUCUUUACUUAAUGCACAAUCACUAUUCAUCCCAGUGAGGUUGAUCAUUUUCACUCCCUCUGUGUCUGUAUAUAAUUCAGAUGAAAACCAACCUUGACACUUCUAACACUGCUCAAUAACUAAAUAAGCCUGUUAACAAAGUAAAGGUGGGAAAGGAAAUGACAUAAGAUUUGUCUAAAUCAACUGGUGAGACCUGUUAAUGGAGAAUUCUAUGAGAACAGAUGUUUCCAUAUGAGUUCAAAGCUCAAGGUUUAAAGAAAUUACUAUUUUUAUGGAGACAGAGCAACCACAUUACUACAACCCUGUGAGUGCUCAAGGCUAGUGAGUCCUGCUAUGUAAUGUUGCACCUCGGUCUAUAAUGCUUUUUUUUUUCACAGGUAUUGGUUGAACUAAGGAGAUUUACCCUAGAGUUGAACAAUCUCAGUC